UCCUCUUUUCUGUAUUCCAAUAAAUAUCUGUAUUAAUCAUUUAAAUAUUAUUAGGUGUUUUCACGCAUCAAUAGAAGACUUUCUGUAUUUCUUAUAAAGUCAUGGGCUUAUUGUCAAACGACCGGCUCUCAUUUGGUCCUUUCAAACCUAUUGUACUGCGAGGAUCUCCAGAAGAAGAUGCUUCCACUGUCUUUACAAGUCAUGUUACUCUGACACUUGCGAAACCUGAAAAACUAUCAAGUAUCAUAGUCACUCUAAGGUCGAUUAGUUUAGUGUACUUUCCAGAAGGCAUUGGUGCUCGUGCGUCUCGAACUACAUUUGAAAAGACUCUCAACAAACAAUCUUUGACUCUUUUGGAACAAAAAACAGAAUUUUCCAUAGGUGAACAUAGAUUUCCUUUCACAUUUAUUGUUCCCAAUUCAUUAGUGGAUACGAUUGAAGAUGAAUUUGGACGGGUACGACAUGUAGUGGAAGUGACGGUGAAUCGAAAAAACAAAAAAUCGAUAUUGAAUCAAUGGAAACUUUCGAAACCGGUGUUGGUCCUUCGAACAUUUUUAUCCAAUUCAUUAUUACUGAAUCAUACUGUACAAGAUCUCUCACAAACAUUUGAUCGGCAUUUGACAGCAGCAGAUGUGACUAUUAUGGUAGAUGUAGCUGUCUUUUCUCCUGGUGAUUUAUUUACUCUCCUCUUUACGAUCCAGCCUCAUCAAAAACACGUACGAUUAGAACAUAUCGAAGCAACAGUGACAGAAUCAAGACGGUAUGCAGUCUCAGAAUUGAAAGCAUGGCGUACUACCUCAGAUACUUUUUUACUACGAUAUCUUGAUGCAACGUCUCUCACCGACCUUCCUUCAUCAACAUCAUCAUCCUAUUCCUCUACUUCUUCAAGUUCUAAUACCGAUUUGGCGAUGAUCUUUGACAGACAAGGUUCUGGUUUGGAUCUAAUGGAUACGUUCAGUUACCGGGUUACCUUUGCAACACCAACUUGUAAAAGUAACAUUCAUCAUACCACUCAUUAUGAUGAUAUUUCAUUUCGACAUCGUUUGGAUAUUCGACUCACAGUUUCUUAUUUGGAGGAGAGUGGAGAACGGGUGCACAUCGAUUUAAACUCACCAACAGUAUCAUCAUCAUCACCAACAACGACAUCCAGUACCAUUACAUCAUCAGGAGCAAUAGUGUCAUCAUCACCUACAUCAUCAGCGCAAGCAUGGCAAAAUGUUUUACUCAAGUUACGAAAGGGAAGACCGGGAAAAUAUGACGAAGAUCAGCAUGGUCGACAAUAUGAAAAAGUGGUGGUAUCGACUCCAAUCCAUGUGUUCGAUUGCAGGCUCAAAGAGGACUAUGGUAGCUUACCUUCUUAUUUUGAAACUGGACUGGUGAAACCACGAUUUACAACUAUCAUGCCGACAGAAACAGGGUCAUCAUCUGUCAAACAAAAAGGAAACAAGAUUCAACAAAGUAAAUGAUGAUGAGCAAAUGGGACAUACAAGCACAAUAACGACUGACGAACGACAACAUCACGCAUACCUCUGUAAAUGCUAUUAUGAAUUCUGUCAAACCAUGGAAAUAGCAUCAACCUUGGACAAGAUACCUUCCAUUCCGCCCCCGGAUUAUUAUAUAGAAUAGUAUGAUAUAUUUAUUUAUUAUUAGAAUGUUUUAUUUAGAAUUGUGUAUAUAUAUAAAAAGAAUAAAAGAAAAAUCGAU